ACAGCUCUUUACAGCUUCCCCAUGCACUGUUUCCAAGAGUGCAGCGCAGCACCAUGACACUCCACUGGACUUAAGCAUUAAGGAUUUCCGUCUUCACACAGUAAACUGACGCUCACCGCUAUAUUUUUCACAAAAAAAAAAGUUUGCCAAAAGUUGUCCACUUGUUUCCAAGAUGCCACGCUCUUUUCUGGUCAAGAAACACACAAACUCCGCAAAGAAGCCAAAUUAUAGUGAGCUGGAGAGCCCAACAGUGUUCUUCACCCCGCACAUCUACAGGGGCCUCCCCCUGCCUGUCAUCCCCCAGCCGGAGAUCCUGAACCCGGCAGCGUACAGCCCCAUCACAGUGUGGACUACCAGCAACUUGCCGCUGUCUCCGCUCCCCAGUGACCUCUCUCCAAUAUCCGGAUACCCCUCAUCGCUCUCCGACACCUCCUCUAAAGACCACAGCGGCUCUGAAAGCCCGAGGAGUGAUGAAGACGAGCAGAUGCUGCCCAAGCUGACAGACCCUCACGGAGUGGAUGCAGAGAAAUUCCAAUGCAGUUUGUGUAGCAAGUCCUACUCAACGUACUCUGGACUGCUCAAGCAUAAACAGCUGCACUGCGACGCCCAAACGAGGAAAUCCUUCAGCUGUAAAUACUGCGAGAAGGAGUAUGUAAGCCUGGGAGCUCUCAAAAUGCACAUCAGGACUCACACUUUGCCUUGUGUUUGCAAAAUAUGCGGGAAAGCUUUCUCCAGACCGUGGCUGCUCCAAGGACACAUCAGGACGCACACCGGAGAGAAGCCGUUUUCCUGCCCUCACUGCAACAGGGCUUUUGCGGACAGGUCCAAUCUCAGGGCUCACCUACAGACCCAUUCGGAUGUGAAAAAAUACCAAUGCAAGAACUGCUCCAAAACCUUCUCCAGGAUGUCUCUUCUGCACAAGCAUGAGGAAUCUGGUUGUUGUGUAGCACACUGAACUGGGAUACUUUUCCACCACCAGAAACAGAAAAAAACCCCUCUGUUGCUUCUUUAUUUUUUUCAAGCCCAGGAGAACUGUCAGGGAAUCACAUGGAGAGGAGGGUUUGUUCCAAAGCCUUUUUUUUUCUACAAGCGGUUGAUUUCAUUUCAGAGUGAGAAAUAGCUCUGCGCUCACGUGCUUCUCAUUUCAAGCAGUGUUUCUGUGAUUGCAAUCAGUGCUGAGCUUUGUCAUACCAUGUACUCACCUACCUGUGCUAUUCAUGCACUUUUCUGCAUGUCUAGAAUGUUUUGUAUGCCUUCACAAUGUUAUCUGCAGUGUUUGUACCAGUGUCUCUCAGUGGCUGUUAUGCAGUCCUCCACUUUUUUAUACGAACCACACAAACAAUGCCAAAAGGCGCAUUGUGAAUGGCAGUAUAAAUAUAUAUAACUAGAGGGAUACUGAAGCCAU